CGCGCGCGUGCUCUCGGCCGCAGUGUGGCGGAAAUCGCGACAACAUGAAGCGGUUGACUCUGUGUGCCCUCGCUGUCACUUUAAUCGCUGCGGUGUUCGCCGCAAAAUCCCCAUAUCAAUCAGUUCUCCAGCACAGCCGGAUAAGAGGAAGACAGCAUGGCCCAAACGUUUGUGCUAUGCAGAAGAUCCAAGGAACCGAGAAGAAGUACUUAACCAACUGCAAGCAGUGGUAUCGCCGCAAAAUAUGCGGCAAACCAACUGUGAUUACCUAUGAAUGUUGCCCUGGUUAUGAAAGGGUGCUGGGAGAGAAGGGCUGUCCUGCAGCUCUUCCUUUGGUGAAUAUCUACAACACCCUGGGGGUGGUUGGAGCCACAACUACUAAGGUGUACUCUGACAGAGCUAAACUGAGAGAGGAAAUUGAGGGACCUGGCAGUUUCACAUUCUUUUCCCCAAGUAAUGAUGCCUGGUCUGCUCUUCCCACUGAAAUUCUGGAUGCUUUGGUGAGCAAUGUCAACAUUGAGCUCCUCAAUGCAUUGCACUACCACAUGAUAAACAAACGCUUGACUUCAGAUGACCUCAAGCAUGGGUCCUCCUUCUCCUCAAUGUACCAGGAUUUUGAUGUUCAUAUCCAGCACUAUUCCAAUGGCAUUGUGACCGUAAACUGUGCAAGGCUGGUAAAGACAGACCAGCAUGCAACUAAUGGAAUAGUACACGUUGUUGACAGGGUUAUCACAGCCAUCAACAACAAUAUCCAGUCUUUCCUUGAAACUGAUGAUGAUCUGACAACUCUGCAAAAAGCAGUCGAUGAUGCUGGUCUUACCUCAGUGUUGGAGAAUCAGGGCUCCUAUACUGUAUUUGCUCCAACCAAUGAAGCAUUUGAGAAGAUUCCUCAAGAAAUGUUGAACAGAAUCAUGAGCGAUCCAGUUGCUCUUAAAGAUUUGCUGAAUUACCACAUCCUGAAGACCAUGCACUGUGCCGAGGCUAUUAUGUCAGGGACUCCCCUAGAGACACUUCAGGGCACAGUGCUGGAGGUGGGCUGUGAAGACGACAAAAUGACCCUCAACGGCAAAGCCAUUGUCACAAGCAAAGACAAACUGGGCACCAAUGGAGUUGUGCAUUACAUUGACGAGCUUCUCAUCCCUGACUCUGUUAAGACCUUGAAGGAACUUGCUGAAGGUGUUCCCCAAGUUUCCACAGCUACUAAGCAUUUCACAGAAGCUGGACUAAAUCCUCAGCUUUCAGGCUCAGAAGAAUUGACAUUGAUAGCACCUCAAAAUGAUGCUUUCAAAGGUACAUUUUAUAUGACACCUGAGAAACGGAAACUCAUGAGGAACCAUGUUCUGAAGGGGAAACUCUCCUCCAAGAGUUUGUACCAUGGACAGGAGCUGGAAACAAUUGAUGGAACUAAACUUAGAGUGUUUGUGUAUAGAAAUAACCUCUGCAUCGAGAACGCCUGUAUUGCUGCCCAUGACAAAAAUGGCCGUCACGGCACAAUGUUCAUCGUGGAUAAGAUUCUGGCUCACCCCAUGGGAACUGUUAUGGAUGUUCUGAAGGCAGGCAAUCGUUUCAGCACCUUGGUUGGCAACAUACAAAGGGCAGGCAUGACUGAGCUUCUAAACAAGAAAGGGACUUACACCAUCUUUGCCCCCACCAAUGAUGCUUUCCGUGCCAUGCCUUCGGCUGAUCUCAACAAAAUUACAAGAGAUCCCAGAGAGCUUGCCAACCUUCUGAAGUACCACAUAGGUGAGGAGUUUCUUAUUAGUGGUGGAGUGACCUCUCACACCAGAGUGAAGCCCAUGUCAGGAGAAAGGCUUGAGCUAGGCUUGAGGAACUCCACUCUAUACGUCAACAGGGUGCAGGUCGUUGAUGCUGACAUGAUGGCUACUAAUGGAGUCGUACAUGCCAUUAAUUCAAUCAUAAAGCCACUGCCUCCUAAAGUUGUGAGUGACCAAGCAGAGGACUCUUCAGCAAGACAGGCUGGCAGACAAGCUAUAAAAAAUGAUGAUCUUUUCCAAAAGGUUGUGAACAGUCCCUCCAGCAAAACAAUGACCCAAGUCCAGUAAACUCAGUGGUUUUAUGAAAAACUGAAGUUAAUCCCAAUCGCCACUGCUCUUGGAAGACUAACAUGCACAGUGAGUUAUCGUUCUGUAAGCAGUGAAUUGGUAAUUAACUGAUUUACAGCAAAACCAACUACAACAAACCAGGGGAAAUGGUUGCAUUAAAAGUGGAAGCAUUUUUUGACAAUGUGCGUGACCGUGUUGAUGGUAAUUAGUUAAAUAUUUGUUUUAUUGACUUGUAUCUCAAUGUAAAUCUGAUUUAGAGCUCUAGAGCCAAUUUUGAGAACCGCUUCAUUUGUUUUCUACUUUGUCUUUUUAUUUUUAAUUUUUUAUAUUCAUGUAGCAUGUUUGCAUGGUUUAAUUUGGAACAAAAAUUGCUAUUCAGGAACAAGCAGUGCAGGCCAGGUUUACCUUUCUUUAUGGUGCAGAAGCUGUUCCUGUGCAAAACACACACAGUUCAUUUAGAAUUUACUGUACACAAAAGUGUCAUUUCUGUGUACCCACUCAGCAGACUCCUCAGCCAAGAUCCUACAGACAAAAUGCCUCCAUAACUUCAAUCCAGCUAAAGUGAAAAGAACUAAAUAUAUUAGUAUUUUUUUAGUAUUCCUCAUGUCAUUUCUUUAAAAAUAAUUUUUAGUUUGCACAUGUUGAGAAAUACAGACAUUUCCAAGAUUCUGGGAAAAGCAACCCUACAGCUCAGUGAUGUCACUGUGGUGGCCAUUUUGUCUGCUUAAUCUUGGUAGAGUCGGAUGUGUGGAUGAACAAAGUCUUUCUGGUUAAGACAUCUGAAAUUGAAUAGGAAUAGAUACUGUUCACUGUACUGUAAAAAAAUAUUGUGUGGAACCUUAGAACAAUAUUUACACAUUUCACAAUAAAAUUACUAUUUUUAACCAGA